AUGGUUGAGCAACAGGAUACGAACCGUCCGUGUAAAUUAUUCGAGCAGUUCCUGCGUCAAACGAGGUCCAACCACUGGGAUCAGAAAUGCUCGUGGGAUUAUGCUUGUCCUUUCAAACUCGCAGGAAUGAAGAAGCCCGGGAUCGGCGUGGGCCAUGGGGGUGCCCCAGGCGCAAAUCAGGCAAAUCAGGCACUGAGUCGGAAAGUUCCCCCGCACUUGUCCCAAUUGGGACAGGCAAGAGGGGCAGUCACGAGAUCGGGAUGGAAUCAACACCGCAUGACGUUGGAGGCGCCGGUCCAAUCCUUCGUCUCUUGCAGUUGCUGCAGCUCAAACGGCUCCAACGCUGCUGGUCUGCGAGAUCAAUUCACUGCCGAGUGGUCUGCCAAUGCAAAGCUACUCCUCUUAGUGCACCAGGUCCUUUUGUACCCCCCGCCAAGGCAGCAACAGCGGCUAUCCAGUUGGCCUAACACGUCACCGUUCUGCUUCGUCCCUGCUGCGCGCUGGAUAGAUAUCUAUCUCUCUAGGCACCGGGAAGGGUCCCUGUUGGGUAAGACCAUUGUGGGCUCACUCUCUUGCUUGUCGGCGGCAUAUAAUUGUGAGCACCAAGAGGACAAAGGGGGUUUCAAUCCACUGCGUCUCGUCUCGCGACCCACCUCUCCUUAA